AUGUUCAGAAAUCGGCUUGGGGAUAUUGGCCUCGAAGCAGAUCAGUGUAAGGAAGGACCCGUUUCAAAACAUGUUGUUUGGGAAGGGUUUCGCGUCUGUUCCUCCUUGCCACAUUGUUUUCGCUUCGGAGCUGAUCAGCCAUAUCCAUCCGGGCUCUACCAGCUACGUGAAUGUAUCAGUAUUCAUGUUGGUCAAGCUGGUGUCCAAAUGGGCAACGCCUGUUGGGAGCUGUACUGCCUGGAACACGGAAUUCAGCCUGAUGGACAAAUGCCGAGCGAUAAGACCAUUGGAGGUGGUGAUGACUCCUUCAACACUUUCUUCAGUGAGACUGGUUCUGGGAAGCACGUUCCUCGUGCAGUCUUUGUCGAUCUCGAACCGACUGUUGUUGAUGAGGUUCGUUGUGGAACCUAUCGUCAACUCUUCCACCCGGAACAACUCAUCACUGGGAAGGAGGAUGCCGCUAACAACUACGCUCGUGGACAUUACACCAUUGGCAAGGAAAUUGUUGACCUCGUGUUGGAUCGUAUUCGUAAAUUAGCCGAUCAGUGCACUGGUCUUCAGGGUUUCCUGAUUUUCCACUCUUUCGGCGGUGGCACGGGAUCCGGUUUCACCUCGCUUCUGAUGGAACGUCUCAGUGUUGACUACGGCAAGAAAUCCAAGCUAGAAUUCUCUGUGUACCCGGCUCCUCAAAUAUCUACAGCUGUUGUUGAACCUUAUAACUCCAUCUUGACAACCCAUACCACUCUGGAGCAUUCCGACUGUGCAUUUAUGGUUGACAAUGAAGCCAUCUAUGACAUCUGCCGGCGCAACCUCGAUAUUGAACGUCCAACCUACACUAACUUAAAUCGUCUGAUUGGCCAAAUCGUCUCUUCAAUCACCGCGUCUCUGCGUUUCGAUGGCGCUCUCAACGUUGAUCUGACCGAGUUCCAGACCAACUUGGUGCCUUAUCCACGUAUUCACUUCCCUCUGGCCACUUAUGCUCCUGUCAUUUCGGCCGAGAAGGCCUACCACGAACAGCUGAGCGUUGCGGAGAUCACUAAUGCCUGUUUCGAGCCGGCCAACCAGAUGGUGAAAUGUGAUCCUCGUCACGGCAAGUAUAUGGCCUGCUGCAUGCUCUACCGUGGUGAUGUGGUUCCAAAAGACGUCAACGCUGCCAUCGCUACCAUCAAAACGAAGAGGACUAUCCAGUUCGUGGACUGGUGUCCCACUGGUUUUAAGGUUGGCAUCAACUACCAGCCACCUACUGUGGUCCCCGGUGGUGAUCUAGCCAAGGUUCAACGCGCUGUUUGCAUGUUGAGUAACACCACUGCAAUCGCCGAGGCCUGGGCUCGCCUAGACCACAAGUUUGAUCUUAUGUACGGCAAGCGUGCAUUCGUUCAUUGGUACGUCGGUGAAGGCAUGGAAGAAGGUGAAUUCUCUGAGGCUCGUGAAGAUCUUGCGGCUCUGGAGAAGGACUACGAGGAGGUUGGAAUCGACUCUGUCGAAGCCGAAGGCGAAGAAGAGGGCGAGGAGUACUAA